AAACCUUUAAUAAGCAGAAACAAAUUUUUAACAACAACAAAUCCACACAUGCAAGCCGGUAACUGAUUGAUGUGGGACAUAUUUCCUGAGUCUUUUCACCCAGAUCCCAAGGACUUGAGUGUUUUUAUUGGGCUUCUUCCAAUUAUUAUUCUGAACUUGGCUGCAGAAAUGAUGGUUUGGCCACAGAAGAGGAGGUGGAUUUGGCAAUCAUUCUUCUGAUUGCAGUACAUAAAAUGCCCUCUCAAGCAGCACAGAAGGCAUAAAGGCUCCACCAGCAGAAGAGAAAGAUCCCAAUACAUUUGGGAAAAGAACUAUUACAUCCAGACGGCAUCCAGAACAGCACUGCUUCAGACCCCAGUUUCUUCUUUCACCUGGGACACACAGUGGGGUUCCUUUCUGAUGACAGCAACGUCUGCAGUGUCGCUCAUGGGAAGCCUGGGCAUCAUCUCAGCCACAGAAGCCCUCCUGGCCAUUGCUGUUUUCUGCCUGAUCUUCAUGAUCAACAAAGCCUUUCGGGAACAGAUCCCCCAGGGCCUGAAGAGGAUUCCUGGGCCAAUGGGAUACCCAUUGAUUGGCAACAUGUUGGAGGUGGGGAAGACCCCUCACCUGAGCUUGACCCGGAUAAGCCAGGAAUAUGGAGAUGUCAUGAGGAUUCACAUCGGCAUGAAGCCUGUAUUGGUGCUGAGCGGGCUUGAAACCAUCAGGCAGGCUUUGGUGAGGCAAGGAGGAGACUUCAUGGGACGUCCUGACCUUCACAGCUUCCGCCAUGUGGUAGAUGGCCAGAGCUUGGCUUUUGGCACUGAUUCUGGAGAGGUGUGGCGCACCCGGAGGAAAAUGGCCCAAAAUGCUUUGAAAAGCUUCUCUUCCUCGCCCAGUCUCGCCUCCUCCUCCGCUUGCCUUUUGGAAGAGCACAUCUCCAAAGAGGCUGACCAUUUGAUUCAGAAACUGCAAGAGGUGAUGCAUGAGAAGAAACGCCUUGACCCCUAUCGGUAUCUGGUGAUCUCCGUGGCAAAUGUUAUUUGCGCCAUGUGCUUUGGGAAGCGCUACACUCAUGAGAACCAGGAAUUCCUCAGCAUAGUGAACGAGAGUGAGAAGUUUGUGGAAGUUGUGGCCUCUGGGGCCCCUGCUGACUUCAUCCCUGUGCUUCAACUUCUCCCGGGCAACAGCAUGAAGACCUUCAAGGAGUUCAACCAGCGGUUCUCCACCUUCCUGAUGAAUAAUGUCAAAGAGCACUAUGAGACUUUCAGUAAGGAUAGCAUCCGAGACAUCACGGACUCCCUUAUUGAUCAAAGCCAAGAAAAGAAGUUGGACCAACAUGGGAAACUUCAGCUCCCACCAGAAAAAAUUGUGAACCUUGUCAACGACAUUUUUGGGGCUGGCUUUGACACAGUGACCACAGCUCUGUCCUGGAGUCUCAUGUAUCUCAUCAUUUAUCCCCAAAUCCAGAAGAAGAUUCAGGAAGAAAUAGAUGAGGUCAUUGGCAAAGAGCGGAAGCCACGCCUGUCGGACCGGCCCUUGCUGCCUUAUAUGGAAGGCUUCAUCCUCGAAAUGUUCAGGCAUUCCUCCUUCUUGCCCUUUACAAUUCCCCACUGCACAACCAGAGACACUGUCUUGAAUGGCUACUACAUCCCAAAGGACCUUUGUGUAUUUGUCAACCAGUGGCAAGUCAACCAUGAUGCGAAUCUUUGGAAGAACCCUUCCUCCUUCGUUCCAGAGAGGUUCCUUACUGCUGACGGGAAAGACAUCAACAGGGACCAGAGUGAGAAAGUCUUGACCUUUGGCCUGGGGAAGAGAAGGUGCAUCGGAGAGUCCAUUGCUCGGUGGCAGGUCUUCCUCUUCCUCUCCACUUUGCUCCAACAGCUGCAGUUCAGUAUUGAGGAUGGGGUGAAGGUGGACAUGACCCCGCAGUACGGUCUCACCAUGAAGCUCAAGCGAUGCGAACACAUCCAAGUGGAACGGCGUUUUCCAAAGAGGAUGAAAAAGUGAACUGCAGAGAUGUGUCGAAAAGCAAAAACAGAAGGCAAAACUGGAUCUUUUACAUGGGCAUGGCUCUCUCUCUCUCUCUCUCUCUCUCUCUCUCUCUCUCUCUCUCUCUCUCUCACACACACACACACACACACACACACACAAACACAUGGCAUGGAGGCUUUGCUCCAGAUGCAGAGACAGAGCAAGCUUUCCUUGCCAGGUGGGGCUUCAAAGAAAUGAAUGGAAAUAUGAAUGAUUUUCUCAUAGCUGAAAGAACCUUGCAGGUAAGGCUGGGAAGGGCUCCUGUCUGAAACUGAGACAGAACCCCUGACAGUCACAGGAGGCAAUAUUGGCCCAGAGCAGGGAUGCGGAGCCUCUUUCAGCCCAAGGGCCGGAUUCAGUUUCAGAGAAGGCCUUGUGGGCCGAACAUACCAUUACAUUUUAGCUUCAAGCUCCUCGUGGCAGUAAGCUGCCUUAGGAGAUGCAUUUCAACCCUAAUGAGGAAAAAAGCUGUCCAACGCUGGGAAAUCACCCAAAGAUCAGCAGGCUGGGAAAAGGUGUUAGGGCCAAGGGAAGGAUUGGGGCCAUCUGGGGAUCCUGGGACGGUCAGAUUGGGUGGGCCAGAUCAACAUUGCUGCUUUAGCCCUUCUUGAAAAAGGAAAAAAAAGGUGGGAUAUGAAUGCAAUAAAUAAACAAAAUAAAAACAAAUACUGACUUGUCUUAAA